UCACCUGACAAAAAACCCACCGAAGAGCAUCUCCAACGCUGACCCGCAAAUUUGCUCCGGCAUUCCACCGCGGACAGAGAGACCAGUCCAUGAACAUAGAUAACGGAGCUGAUCAUCCAACACAGUCCGCAUAAAAUUGAAACCACAUUUCAACAAAUGGGAUGAAACUCAGAGUACCAGGUGCAUAGGUCUCCUGGCAGUUCAUGCGUAGGUGGGGAGCCAACCUUGGUGUGGAUCUUAGGGCUCGUAAAGGGGAACUAUUGGACCAGAUUAAUACCCCGGAUGAGGAGGCCGAUUCGACCGGCCUCUCGGCUGACGAUUGGCUCCGGCGAUGCGCCAUUGAAUCCUUGUUGAUGGAGAUAUUCAAGGGUGAAGAGCUAUUCUGGCAACGACGCGGGGGCCAGAAGUGGCUGUUUGAGUGUGAUGCUAAUACUGCUUACUUCCAGACGAUCGCCAUUGCGCGCCGUAGGAAGUGCUCCAUCAUGUGUCUCUGGGAGGGGGACACCCUCCUGGAACACCCAAACGAUAUUAGAUCCCACAUUUACUCUUUCUUUAAGGAGCUAUUCACAGCGGAAACCAGGGGUGGGGUGUCCCUGUCGGAGGACUUUUGGUCGGCGGCGGAUAGAGCCUCUGAUAGCGAGAAUGUGGAGCUUACCAUCCCAUUCUCCCUGAAAGAGGUGGCCAGGGCCAUCGCCUCUAUAAAGGCGGGGUCGGCCUCGGGGCCAGAUUGCUUGCUGGUGGUCUUCUUCCAGAAGUUCUGAAACAUUCUUAAACUGGUGAU